CAGGGUAAAUCACUCUUCUUUGGAUGCCAAAAAACAAACGUACAAACAAUUCCCAAAAUUCUCAGAAAGUUGGGAAUGAUAAACAGUUAUCUAAGGAUCUAGACGACACAAUUACCCACCAGCGCUCUCAACUUUUGCAGAGCAAGAAUGAACACGCCAGAUUGAUUAAAGAAAAACAGGCCAAGUUGAGAUCUAUGAAGAAAUAAGAAACUGAAUUGAGAGAGGAAGACAAUAAACACUUGGAAUCGGAUGCAGAUGAUGAAAUCACAUUUUUACAAAAUGAGAAGAUAUUGUCAAUACAAAUUCUUGAGCUUCGAGAAAAACUGAAACAAAACAUAAACAAACUUUCCAUUCUGAAAGUGAAGGUCCAUUUGCCCAAACGAGAGGUCCAACUGGAAAACCUUCGCAACAUGUCUGCGUAUUUUCUGAAAGAUCUUGCAAGGAAGAGAAAACAAGUCGAUUCAGGCAACGGGACGGAUUGCUGUUUCAAAGAUGGACACUUGAUUUGGAAGCUGUGCGAGCUUUGUUUGGUUCCAUUUGAUCGAAGCGAGAGAAUGCCAAAAGUUUUGGCGUGCGGUCACACACUAUGCGUCAAUUGUAUGAAGGAGAAUUCAAGUGCCGGAUUUGCAUUAUGUCCUUUGGACCGAACGGGAAGCAAAUUCGAUGGUUCUUCCACGCACGAUUUUCCUACAAAUAAUUGUCUUCUUGAUGCUUAGAAUCAAUCACGUUUAACGCUAAGAUGCCAACAUGCUCAAUCAACACCGAUCAAAUGCUUCUCUUACUUCUCGUAUUUCAAUCAUCGAACAGUUUAAAAAAUAAUAAAUUAUCAUAUCCGGAAAA